AGACAGGAUGGACAGAUUCCUGGUGACGGGGGCUGUAGGGAGCCUUGUGGGUAAGAGGGAGGGAGAGGCGAACCCAGAAGAUCCAACAGGGCGGAGAGGAGAGGAGGGCAGCAGGAAGAGGCCCAGGGCAGAAACCCUCCACAACGCAGGCCCCCUGGCCAGCCCCAACUGGCGGCACAUCCGGGCUGAGGGCCUGAGCUGUGAUUACACAGUCCUGUUUGGCAAAGCUGAAGCAGACAAGAUUUUCCAGGAGCUGGAGCAGGGAGUGGAGUAUUUUACAGGUGCACUGGCCAGGGUCCAGGUAUUUGGGAAGUGGCACAGUGUGCCCAGGAAGCAAGCGACCUAUGGCAACGCUGGGCUGACCUACACGUUCUCAGGCCUCACUCUGUCUCCAAAGCCCUGGAUCCCAGUUCUAGAGCAUGUCCGGGAUCGUGUUUCUGUGGUGACAGGAGAGACCUUCAACUUUGUGCUUGUCAACAGGUAUAAAGAUGGCUGUGACCACAUUGGUGAGCACAGAGAUGAUGAACGAGAACUGGCUCCCGGGAGCCCCAUAGCCUCUGUCUCCUUUGGGGCCUGUAGAGACUUCUUCUUCCGGCACAAGGAUUCUCGGGGGAAAAAGCCCUCUCGGAAGGUGGAGGUGGUCAGGCUUCAGCUGGCCCACGGAAGUUUGCUUCUGAUGAACCACCCGACCAACACUCACUGGUACCACAGUCUCCCUGUACGAAAGAAGAUUCUAGCUCCACGGAUCAAUCUGACAUUUCGCAAAAUUCUGCCCACUAAAAAAUAG